GGAAUGGGACGGUGUCUCGGUAUGUUGCGAAGGCAACGCGGAAGUGUGGAAGCUGCGCGUGCCGCCGCUGUCUUCAAAUGACAGCGCGUCGGCGUUUGUGCCUCGGAUCCUCGGCAUGGCUCCCAAAGACCCUCUGCUGGGGACGCUCAAGGUGUGCGUCCUGAACCUGCAGUCGGACGGGGAAGCGGUGACGGACACCAACCCUCACCUCGCCUCCUGCUGUGAGCUGAUCGAGCUCGUGCUCAGGAAGGGGCUGCAACAACCAGUUCUCAGUCUGGUCCAAAGAGACUACUGGCAGUGCUUUGAGCAGCUUCCCCUUCAGGAUGCCUGUGGCAGGUUCUCUGCUCUGUCACUGGCGUUGGAGCAGAGCAGAGUUUGCAGGAAGCUGCUCUCGUCUCAAGGCCGCGGCCGCUAUCUCCUCCGGUUGGCGCUGAGCCGCAAGGUUCUGGCCCAGUUCAUCUCCCACCUGCUGCACACACCCAGGGUCCUGGAGUGGUACAGCCCAGUUAAAUCCAUUCUCAGAAAUGAGGAGUUCAUGGAGCCGUUCAUGUCUCUUCUGCUGGUCCUCACCCACAUGGAGUUUAAACUGGAUAUGGAGAAUUGUAGCUUUUUGGAUGAGAGCUGGGUCCUACCUGUGUGUGAAGUAUAUGAAGUAGUUCCCUGUCGUGAGGUCGGGAUGGUGUUAAGGUAUCUGAGCGGGCGCGUGUUCGUCCUCGAGCUGACGCCCGGGGGCCAGGCCGACGUCGACGGGUACAUCCGUCCCGGCGACAUCAUCGACGAGAUCAACGGGACCUCACUGAGGAACUCCAAGUGUGGACAGGCAGGUGUGGUCAUGUCUCGGCUGAAGGGCUGCCCUCUGUCCAUCCGCGUCCUGCGAUGGAGGGCCCACGACGGCACCGUGUAUCGGCCCCUUGUUAAACUCCUGAGGGCCCUGAGGACGGAGAACCCCGCGCUGCAGCUGGGCCCCGCUUCCUCCCAACAGUCGGCCGUGACGGAGCGGAGGCCUUCCCCAUCACAGUGUCUCCACGACGGGAGGAUUGUCUACAUUGUUCAAUACUUGGGAAGAGUAAACAUUGGAAUGUUUGGAGGCAAGGAGGUUCUACAAAACGCAAUUCCACAAGUGUUACAGAAAAACCUGCCAAGCAAGGAGGUGCUCUUGGAUAUGAAGGAAACACAUCUGACAUGCACAGACAGAAACAGCAAGAAGAACCUGUUCCAACAUCACUACCCAGAGAUUUCAUGCGUAGGGAGGUUCAGCCAACCCGACUACACAAUAUUUGCAUUCUGUGUGGCAGACACCCCAGACCCCACUCAGUCAACAGGGUUCUGCUGUGUAGCACUAAAAGCCGGCACCAUCAAGGAAUGCGAAGAGAUCGUCAGUCGAAUAGCGAUUGGCUUCAAGCAUACAGAGUGGUUUGUAUGAUUCAGUGUGUGCCAUGUGUAAAUAAAUGUGUUUAAGCAUUUAA